UUAUGUAGAAGAAAUUCCUAUAUAUCAUUUCACUUGUUUAGUUUUCUUGUGUGCUUCCCUUAGAGAGAGAGAGAGAGAGAGAUUCUUUUGGUGGAUAAAGGUCCAUUUUCAUGCUCAGUAUUGUUGAUAUAUACUAUAAUUAAAGCCUUCAUCUGCGUAACAAUGGCGUCCAAAUUUUUGUUGCUCACAGUUUUUGUCUUAGAUUUGAUUGCUUUUUCGCUUGCUGUUGCCGCCGAGCACCGCAGAUCUUCUGUGAGCGUUGCAACUGAGGCGAACACGAAGUAUUGUGCUUAUGAUUCGGACAUAGCAACGGGGCUAGGCGUGGGCUCAUUCUUGUUCCUCAUGGUUAGCCAACUAAUGAUCAUGGGUGCAAGUAAAUGCUUGUGCUGUGGGAGAGCUCUCCGACCCGGUUGUUCUAGGGUUUGGGCAAUUGUGUUGUUCAUCUUCUGCUGGUACACUUCAGAUCUGCUCUUUAAUUCAUUCAACUUAUUACAAGUGUUCAUUAAGUCUAUACUGCUUCACAUUAGGCUGGCAUUCUUCAUUGCUGAGCUAUGCUUGUUAGCUGGGUCCGUGAGAAACGCGUACCACACCAAGUACAGGACGUACUGGUCGUCAAAUCCUCCUUCGUGUGAGACGUUGAGAAAGGGAGUGUUUGGAGCCGGGGCAGCAUUCAUAGUCUUCACCGGCAUACUCUCUCAGCUUUUCUAUGUAACCUAUUCCAAAACUGACGACGGAUCUCUCCCACUCAGACAGGACACCGGCAUAAGGAUGGGAUAGACAAGAGCUUUCGUCGUUCUGAAUAAACUCGUAGUCAUGAAUUUCAGAUCUGCACAUACAAAAUACUAUAUGUUUUGUAGCAUAUAUAUACAUCAAGUUUGUUGGUCUUUGGUCUUUUAUAAUGACAAAAUCUAUUUAUUACAA